UUAGUCGACUAAGCUAAGUGUUGACGCCCGAACCGUAGCCGUACCAUGCGAACAGGUUCUGCCGCCGUGACGUGCAUUUGUUGAUAAAUGUGAAAGAGACAAAAAUAUGUACAAAUUUUUGAUAAAAACUGAUCAUUCAUUUAUUUAUUUAUACUAAAACGGAACAGUAUUUUGUGUUGUUUUCUUGAAUUAGUCGGCAUUUCGACAUAACAGACAUACAUACGUAUGUACAUCCGCAUUUUCAACUCUUGAAUCUGGAAGAAAACAGAUGCUCUAGCAACAUACUGUACAGAUGACGUGUGGAAUGUGCGUUGUCGUAUAUAUGCAUACUUAUGUACAUAUGAACCUACAUAUAAAAUUUAUAUGUGUGAAUUUACAUACUCAGAACUGAUCAACUUGAACACAGGCAACUUGAUGGCCAUGUGGAAGAAACAUGUUAAUAGAGAGUAAACCAAAUUUUCCGGCCAAUUACCAAAACGCACCGAAGAGGUGUAGCCUGUAUAAAUGCGUUACAUUUACAAGGGGUACAAAAAAUGGCCCCUUGACCUGUCGCCACAUGAGACAAAGACACCUGUGUCGUAACAAGACGACAUGUUCCAGAUGGAUUCUUUACCACUAUUAUUUUUGUCAUUCUGCAAAUAUAGUAGGUGCCAGAUAUAACAACCGUAUAUCAACGUCGAGUACAAAUCAGAUUCGAUCCAAGCUCGCUAUAGUUCAUACAUUUCCCACAAAAUUUCUAAAGUAUUCACUGUACAAUUUAACACAGGUAUGGCUAGUCUUUAUAUUCCUAUUUCCAAUCCUGACCCUGCAAGCAAAUGGUCAAGCUAUUAUUGGCCCAACGUCAAAUUCAAAUUCUAACGUUUACGACAAUCCCCAGGGCUAUAACUACACAAGUAUGCAAUUACAAACUUUAAACGAUGGAAUUCAGAUACGGCUAACCAAUCAACAACUACAAUCAACUGGAACUCAAACCAAAAGAAAUAACAUUAAAAGAAGCAUAAAUAUCUCUUCUCAAAAAAAUAGUAUACAAAGUAGUGAAAGAGGAAGAAGAGAAGGUGGAGGCGUAUCGUCAUUUAAUGCAAGUUCAAAUAAAUAUAGUCUGAUUAUUCUAAGCCACCCUGAGGCCCAGUCGACCCACGUGAACAUUUCAGUAAUGGAAGUUGAGAAGAAUAACAGUAUUCCAAUUAAGAAUAUCCGUAAAAGAUACAUAAGAAAUGCCGGACAGGAAGCUGAUAGUCACAAUUAUAAAAAAAAUUAUAACAACAAGUCACCAAACGGGAACCGGAUUGAUGAAUCAAAACUUAAGCUACUGGUAAUGAAUGGUCUUGGAUUAAAAAAGCUUCCAGAUAUGAGAAAGGUGAACAUAAGUCAAGUAGAAUACUCAAGAAAAUACGUUGAAUACUUAGACCGCCUUAAAACCAACCAUGUAAGAGGGGUCAGCUAUUUAAGUGACGAACCUGUAGCGUCGUCCCCCCUUACGGAUUUACACAUAUUAAGCAUUGUAACUAAAAGUUUUAACGACAUAAGUCAGAAACGACGGCGUCAUAAACGAUCUGUCAAGAACCUGGCCGUAUUAAGACAAACAAAGAAAGGAAGAUCGAAUGAAAAAAUCCAUUUUGACCAAAGGGAUAAGACCAAUAUUCUAUUGCACUUUCCACUGACAAACGUAAAUGAUGCCAACUUUCACCAUGAUAAAAUUGACGAGGCUAAUGUAAGGCUAAUGCUACUCUAUAGUUCAGCCCUUGCGACAAAUACUCGAAAAUUUCAGGCAACAGCAACUGGCCAAAGAAAAUUCAAUCGCAAUUUCGGUAAUGAUAGCUCGAUGAAGAACAAGAACAAAAAUUGUAAUGCCGGCGAUGGCGAUGUCAUUGACUUUAACGUAGAGCAGCGUAACGAAUCCAAGAGCCGAGGGCGCGCCCAUUUUCGCAAAUUGAAUCUCAAAGUAUAUCAACUUCUUUCAUCAAGUAGACGAAGGUUACUUGCCUCCCGUAAAAUUGAGUUUGAAAACAUGCGCUACGAAGAAACCCGCACCCAGUGGCUGGAAUUUGAUGUGACGAAAGCAGUUCGUGGCUGGUUAAACAAGAGUCAUGAAAAUUUGGGUAUAGAGAUUCAAUGCGAUAGAUGUAGGAGUAUAGGAGCCCGCAUAUUAAGCGAUGUCAACCCGUUCGCACCAUUAACAUCUGCAUCUGCCAAGUCAUCAGCUCCGGAUAGUGACAGGUUUCAUCUUAUGCCAGUCCUAAAUAUCAUCGGUCAUGGGGACACGCAAAGCCAUCGUGCAGGUGACCUCGAAGUCGGAGUGCAACAUUUAGUGCUGACUAAUAAUAAAAGCGACAGCUAUUUCCAUCAUCGUUCGGACCAAGACAUGGGUUGGCGUAGGGAAAAGUGGAAUAAUAGUUGCUACAAAGUGCACCAACGAUGCUGUAGACAUCAGUUAGAUGUGGUCUUCAAGGACAUAAAGGGCUUUGAGUUCAUAUUACAACCAAAAAUGUUUGAUGCUGGCUAUUGCCAUGGCCGCUGUCCACCGCGCCACAAUCCUGCCCAUCACCAUGCACUCUUACAAAGUCUUAUAUGGCAACAAGAUAGCAGUCGAGCUCCUCGUCCCUGCUGUGCCCCCUCAAAGCUCAAAGUCCUAGAAAUAUUGCAUGUGGACGAAGAGCACACCGAUAAGCUAAAGAUUUCAACAUGGAGUGACAUGCAAGUUCUGGAGUGUGCCUGUUCAUAGAUCA